AUGGCGGCCCCCGACUCGGUCGCGGCCUUUCUUGCCCAUGCGAGCAGCCAUGGCGGCGGCACCGUCGUCCGAGAGCAGCCCAAGCUUGAUCUCGAUCUCUACGUCCAAAACUACGUCGGCCGCACUCGAUUCGACCGCCUCCUCUUCAUAGGCAAGACGUGCCUCCCGCUCUGCGUCGAUGCCCUCAAAGCAGCCAUCCUCGAGGCCAAGCAGGGGCUUGACGUUGCCCGCUACAAGGACGCCUGGGACUGCAUCAGGCAGGCCGCGCCCCAAGAGCCAGAGGCCCAGAGAGACGAUGCCUGGAUAGACCGCACCGAGGCGGCAAAUAAGGCCGAAACGUCGCGCCUCGAGGCAGAGCUCAAGGGUUACAAGAACAAUCUCAUCAAGGAAAGCAUUCGGAUGGGUAACGAGGACCUGGGCAGGCAUUUCGAGACCAUAGGAAAGCUCCAGGAGGCCUUGGAAGCCUACGGACGCAUGCGCCAAGAUGUCAGCACAACAAAACACAUUAUCGACUGCGGCAAGCACCUCGCCCACGUGUCGCUGCAGCGCCGCGACUGGACGACGGCCCUCAGCACCGUGGGCAAAACUGCUGGCGUGCAGAAUAGCGACGACGAAAGGUCCACCUACACAUUCAUCAAGAUUGUCUCGGGCAUCUCACACCUCGGCAUGGGCCAUUACAGUGACGCUGCCCAAAGCUUCCUCCAGGCCGACUUCGUCGUGUCGCCUAGCGAAUACGCCCACGUCGCGAGCCCCAACGACGUCGCCAUCUACGGCGGUCUCACUGCCCUCGCCACCAUGGAGCGCCGGGAUCUGCAGCUGCGAGUCCUUGAAAACCUUGCCUUUCGCAUGUUUCUCGAGCAGGAGCCGCACAUUCGCAAGGCCAUCAGCCUCUUCAUCAACGGCCGAUACUCGAGCUGUCUGGCCAUACUAGAGUCUGCGCGCCCAGACUACUUGCUGGACAUUUACCUCCACAAACACAUACCGGACAUCUACUCCAAGAUUCGGAGCAAGUGCAUCGUGCAGUACUUUGCGCCCUUUUCUUGCGUCACCAUCGACAGCCUCGACGCAGCCUUUGGUCAGACGGGACGGUCCGUGGAGCCAGAGCUUGUCAAGAUGAUUCGCGAUGGACCGUUGAAGGCUCGCAUUGACGGCAAGGACAAGCUCUUGGUGGCUGUCCGCCCGGAUCCUCGGGCCAAGAUGCAGAUCGAGGCACUCGAUGUAGCCCGCAAGUACGAGCGGGAAGCCAAAGAGCGGCUGCGGCGCAUCAGCCUCGUUGCCGCCAGCCUCGAGACAGUCGGGGCCAACAGGAAGCAAACGACGGGCCACGCGUCGGGCCUCAACACGGACGAGUCUUGGUACGACGAAGGCAGGAACCUCGUGCAAGCGGGCGGGGCCCCAAGCGAGAGUCAAGGCUGA